AUGAACUCCCUCAAUUUCCUUUCCUCGCGGGUGAUCGGGCAGACCUCGGGCUCUCCUCUUCGCAAUCGCUCCCAUUCGCAAAGCGAUCUCUCCCAGGCCAACAACAACGUGCGAAAGGACCUGGCCAAAUCUCGUUCGUAUAGCGAGCAGCAAUUGCACCGCAAUUUCCCCCACGACGAUGACGACGAAAAGGAGCAGGACGACGACCACCUGGCAUCCGGGUUUUCCCACGAUGGGACACUGGAACUCAACGAGAAAACACCGCUGAUCUACGAAUUGCAAAAGACUGACGCGGCCCCAAGACAGAGCACGCUUUUCCUGGUUUCCUGGCGGAUACUGGACGCCAUCACCGGGGCUAUCGAGAUCAUUCUCUCGACCAUAGCUGCGCCUGGGGUUUACAUUGCCCAUGGUUUCCGAGAUGACGAUGGACACUACUCGCCUGUGGUUCCUUUCCACAAGGCUCGACGGUUAAUUAGCAUUCGAGACGAUACACAUUCUAAAAAGACACCGCCACUUGCGCACAGUAACAAGGGAGAGUCCGAAAAGGCCGGUUCUAGGCGGAACGGGUCUUUGAGGAAACCUAAGAACCCGCCAUCCCGAUCGUCAAUUACUUCCUCUGCAUCCGAGUCUGAUGGUGAUACCCCGGUAUCAAACCAGUCGAAAACUGGAGGAACUCGUCAUACCAGGUCUAAAUCUCAUGAUAGCGGAGUCACCACAGACGAAAGCACUCCUCGGAGAUCUAUUCGCAUCAAACUGCACAAUGAGGAUGCGUUUAAACGGCAGAAACCGCGGUCCCAAAGUAUAGAUAUGCGGCCAGGACCAAAACCCGAUGCUUCUUCUCCCUCGACAUCGGCCGUUCUUGCGGCAGAAAGCCUCAAGUCGCCCAUCUCUUCAGCCUCUCAUCACAAGCUCACGAAAUACCCGCAUACUCAAGCUCCUCCGCGCCCUCUUAUCCCACUUCGCCAGCCUUCGUACUCGAUGGGCACCAAUCGAUAUGCCAGUAGGACGCCUCAGAAAACGCUUGUUCUCGAUUUAGAUGAAACCCUCAUUCACUCGCUGGCCAAGGGUGGCCGCAUGUCCAGUGGCCACAUGGUAGAAGUCAAGCUGGCUGCUCCUGUGGCUGCACCUGCUCCUUCGGGCGAGCCUUCAGCGACGCUGGUGCCCCAACAUCCGAUUCUUUACUACGUCCAUAAACGGCCGCACUGCGAUGAGUUCCUGCGUAAAGUGUGCAAAUGGUACAAACUAGUUAUCUUUACAGCGAGUGUCCAGGAAUACGCGGACCCGGUCAUUGACUGGCUCGAGCAAGAGCGCAAGUUUUUCCAUGCUCGCUACUACCGACAACACUGCACGCUGCGCAACGGGGCUUUUAUCAAGGACUUGACCUCGGUCGAGCCCGACUUAAGCAAAGUCAUGAUUCUGGACAAUAGUCCGGUUAGCUACAUCUUCCACGAAGAUAAUGCAAUUCCGAUAGAAGGCUGGAUCAGCGAUCCCACCGAUAGCGGGCUACUCAACAUAGUUCCGUUACUCGAAGGGCUCCAAUACGUGACGGAUGUACGCGCAUUCCUGGCGCUCAGAAGAGGUGAAUCGGAGUCGUAA